AUGGAGGCACUGCAGUGGAUUCUCUCAGCUGGGACCAAUUUCUUCGAAGGGAUCCAGCUGAGCAACGACCUGGUCCGCCUCCAAGCCACCUUGCCCAAGGCUCGCAUGCUCAUCUGUCGCAGCGAGUGGGGCAUGUUCAAGGACAAGCAGCUCGCGAAGCUUCUCUCGCAUCUCAAGGACACCACCUACGAUGCAGAGGACCUUCUCCGCCAGCUGGAUGAUCAAGAGCUGCGGCAAAGGAUAGAGGACGCUGAUCGGAGCAGGGCAGGUCAACUCUUAUCUUCCUCUCUGAAUCUUGCCAAAACUUAUAUCCGUGGUAGCAAAGCAAGGAUAAAGGAGACCCAAGAGAAGCUCGACAAGGUCGUGGUUCAGAUCGAGGGGAUGCUCAAUCUUAUGGGUCUUAUGAGCGUUGAGCCAUCGCAGAUCAUGCCGGAGACGAGUUCAGUUAUCAGCGCUCCGGAAGUUGUUGGUCGCGAUGGUGAACGAAAUGCAUUGAUUGAGAUGCUUGGUGUGAUGAUUGGGCGUGAGGCCCAACGGGAUCAGGUGAUCGAACUAUUGGGAGUGCCACUCACCAGGGGUAGGAGAUCUGCAGGGUCUAAUGGGAAGAGAACAACAGCUGGCAGUGGUGUCGCAUCUACAUCCAGAGCCAAGCAACCAAAAGGAAACAACGGCAGGGCUGGACAUGCUGAGAUUAACUACAAAAGCAAUGUUUCUGUCAUCCCGAUUGUUGGCAUUGGCGGUGUGGGGAAGACUACCCUGGCUCAGUAUAUCUACAAUGAUCCAAGGGUGAAAAACCACUUUGGUGUGAUGAUAUGGGUCUGUGUCUCAGACUUCUUUGACAAGAAAAGGAUAACAAAGGAGAUCAUUGAAUCCAUCCCUUGGGAGGAAUUCAACCCAUCCUGCAGUCUAAAUGCUCUUCAGAUCGAAUUGAUGGAGCGGCUCAAGAUGUGCCCAAAAUUCCUUUUGGUGUUAGAUGACGUUUGGCCGAACGCUAAUGCUGAUUGGGAGGCAUUUUAUGCACCACUGAGGCGUGGACCUGAAGGCAGCAUGAUCUUAGUGACUACAAGAUGUCCAGUGGUUGCUACUCGUGUGACCACAAGCAACUGUGAGCCUUUCCAUCUCGAAGGAUUGCCUACUGAUGUAUUUUGGGACUUCUUUAAGAAGUGUGCAUUUGGUAGAAAUGACCCAGAGUCAUAUCCUCAUUUGCAAGAUAUUGGUCGGAGUAUUUCGACUAGGUUGUGUGGGUCUCCUUUGGCUGCAAAAACACUUGGGCGCUUGUUGAGUAUGAGGCUGACAGAACAACACUGGAGGACUAUCCAGAAGAGUGAACUGUGGGAGCUACGGCAUGAAGAGAACGAGAUAUUACCAGCCCUUCAACUAAGCUAUUUGUAUCUCCCAGAAGAGGUAAAGAGAUGUUUCAUGUUUUGCUCCAUGUUUCCGAAGGAUUAUAGCUUUGAAAGAGACAAGAUAGUUGACAUUUGGGUGGCAGAGGGCUUUGUUGCGCCAGAGGGGAGCAUGCGUUCUGAAGAUGUGGGGAUUAGUUACUUGGAUGAAUUGAGGAACAGAUUUCUUUUUCAAGCUGAUCCAAAGUUCCCGAAUAAAGCAUACGUAAUGCAUGACCUGAUCCAUGAUAUGGCAGUGUCCUUUUCUAUGGAUGAAUGCUUUGUAAUGCAAGAUUUAAGCAACCGAAUGCAUAGUACAGUCCGUCACAUGUCAAUUGAAGUGGAUGGUGAAUCCUUGACCAGAAUGGGAGACAUUCAACAUUUCAAUAAAUUGCAUUCGCUUAGGUUCAGAAUCGGAUUUGAUGUUGAAAUUACCUGGUUCAAUCAGCUUUCCAACAUUCUAUAUUUGAGCCUAAAAGGUUGCAAGCUGGUAAAGCUGCCCGAAAGCAUAUGUGAGUUGAAUAGUCUCCGUUAUCUUGACAUAUCUCAUAGCAAUGUACAAGAAUUACCCGAGAAACUCUGGUGCCUUUACAGCCUACAAGUUCUUGAUGCAAGUCGCUCAAGUCUGAAAACAAUCCAUCAGGAUGUAACAAAGCUAAUCAACUUGCGUCAGGUAGCACUUCCAGCGGGUGCCUCUCAAGCCUUAUCAAAGGUCAGUGGUCUUGGAAAUCUGUCUUGUCUACGAAACUUGAGUGAGUUCAUAGUUGGAAAAGAGAUUGGACGUGGAAUUGGUGAACUGAAGUUCAUGAAUCAGCUCAAUGGAAGGCUCGCUAUCAGAUCUCUUGGUAUGGUUGGGAGGGAGGAAGAGGCUGCUGAGGCUAAACUUGUUGACAAACAAUACCUCAAGGAACUUGUUCUACACUGGCGAGGGGGAGGAGGUUCGUUGAAGAGGCAGAAGAGCAGUGAUAAUGGAGUGCUCAAAGGCUUGCGUCCUAAUUCAAGAAUUGAAUGCCUUAAAAUCCUUGGCUUUGAUGGUGAUACGCUUCCAAGCUGGUUUAAACCAGAAGACUUACCAACUUUAAGAAGCCUGGAGCUUUCCUAUUGUGGUUGCUUUCAAAGUUUAUCAAUCCCCUGCUUGGCUGACAGAACACAAGCUGGUUUAACGGGGGAUGAUGGAACACAACAUGCAAGCAGCAGCGGCAGUCACAACAAUGGCAUUGCCCCCUUUGCCUUUACAUGCCUCACUGCUUUACGUGUUUACAGAUGCAUUAGGCUAACAAAUCUCGAGCAGUUCUUGAUCCCAGAGACACUGCCAUCCAUCAAGUCAAUAGUGCUCGAGUACUGUGUGAAUCUAAAGUCAAUACCGGUCCAUCGUUUUCUGGGAUUUGUUCGCCUACAGGACCUGAAAAUCCAGCAUUGUCGCAAGCUGGAGUGCCCACGGGAAAUGGUUUUGCCCACCUCUCUCCGACGACUCUGUAUCGUGCGUUGCAAUGAGCUGGAGAGGUCAUUUCCAGCCUGCCUAGAGAACCUCGCCUCUCUCACCCUCCUGCAGUUGGCUUAUUGUGAUAGCGUCAAGUGCAUCCCGUUGAACUCGAUCGGCUCAAACAUGCUGAAAUGCCUUGUUAUAAGUAACUGCGGGGAGUUGUCAUCCAUCGGAGGAUUGCAGGGCCUUGCCUCCAUACAGCAUGUCCAGCUAUCUUGGUGCCCAACGCUUACCGAGGUACAGCAGCCGUUCGAGAAGAAGGAACUGCGGACCGAAGAGGGGAAGGAACUGCUCAAAUUUCUUCAAAAAACAGAUUAG